AUGUCGGAAGUACUGUUGGCCAGACGUCCAUACGAACCUCUAGCCCUCGACGGUCCUGGAGAUACCUUCUCGACGCUCGACCUCCACUACGGAGGCUCAUCCUCUCACCACCAGGAACAACGACAACCGACAGAGGAGUGCGCUAUCUGCUUCGAUGAUCAUCAGCAUGAAGAGAUGGUCGCCCUAACCGAGUGCAACCAUACGUUCUGUCGGCCUUGCAUGGUCUCCCAUGUGCAAGCCAAGAUGAGCGAGACGAUAUACCCCAUUUUCUGUCCCCUGUGCGCCACGGAUAGGAGCAUUCCAUUAGACGAUAAAACCAAAAUCGACCAACGCAUCCUUGAAGAACUACACGACCUAUUCCCCGCCAAAGACUUCGAGAAGUUCGAAGAACUGCAGUUGACAAUGAUAUCCAUGACCGUCCAAUGUCCAGCGCUGUCGAACACCAAUUCAGAAGGGGGAGGGCUGUGCGCAUAUGACUUGUCGAGUACCUGGAUGCAGAACCCAUUUCUGCUUUAG